ACCCUUCAAUCACCUUUCAAUUUCAUGAACUAAGAGAUAUGAAGGGACACAAGAAAAUCUAAUAAUUGAAGUUGAGAAGAGGGGAAGAUGACCUGCUCUCAUAGUUGGAGAAUUCCCUCUCCUGCCACAAGUCAUCUCCCUAUGCCUAUUAAACAUUGCCUCUUUAUUUCACCCUCCAAUUUUUUUUUUUACUUUCAAGGUUCAAGUUGUUACCUUUCCAAUGAAGCUUUCUCUAUGGUCUCCAAUAUCUAGAAGCAGCAGCCCUAACUUGGAAUACUUUCCUGGUUCCUCCCUUAGGGCCUGGAGACAUAAAGCUAGCCAUAUAACCUACAAUUCUAUUCCCCACCUUGCUGUCUCAGGAUUUUCAUGGUCUGCUGGCUGGCUCCGGGGCUCUUUCUUGGCCCCUCUUACCUCCAGCUCUCCGGGAAGUUGUAAAUAGAUGUGGAUAUUUUUGAAAAACUUUUCAAUGACCUUUGACUUUCAAAGAUCUCUUAAAUAAACAGAGGCCAUAUUCCCCUUCAUAUUCUUUAAAAAAAAAAAAAAAAAAAAAAAAGCUUGAGAUUAGUCUGUGAUCUCUUUGUGUGUCUCUCACCUUUCUCCCCAAUCUGUCUCUCUCUGUCUCAGCCUUUGUUUGUAUAUGUGUCUUUGUUUCUCUCUUUCAGUAUCUGUCUCUCUCUUUGCUCUCUGUUCCUGUUUCUGUCUCUUCAAACGUCCUCAUAUGUAUUUAGCUUGUACGUUCUCUCAGAAGGCUUUGCCUUCCAGCCAUCUGACUACUGACCUCCGUUUAUUACUUUAGAUUACUGGUCCUUUAAGGCAUGGAGGAAGGGAAGGGAUUCUUUUGGGCAGGCUGAAAGAGCUGUUCAUUUUUAGGUACUGGGCAGUCCCUACUACACAGCGGAGGAAGUUAGGCUGUUUGACAAGCAAUUGAAGAGUGUUGUCUCCUGAAUUAGCAGGAGUAUAAAUAGUUGCUGAAAAGAGGACUAACUACUUCAAAGCAAAAUGAGGCUCUUGCUGUUGCUUUCAGUCCUUGGGGUCUGCUGGGCACAGUACGACCCCCAUACCGUACCUGGUCGAACAUCUAUUGUCCAUUUAUUUGAAUGGCGCUGGGAUGACAUUGCUCUUGAAUGUGAGCGUUACCUAGCUCCCAAUGGCUUCGGGGGUGUUCAGAUUUCACCUCCAAAUGAGAAUGUAGUGAUCAAUAACCCUUCAAGACCUUGGUGGGAAAGAUACCAGCCAGUUAGCUACAAGAUAUGCACACGGUCUGGAAAUGAAGAUGAAUUCAGAGACAUGGUGAAGAGAUGCAACAAUGUUGGAGUGCGCAUUUAUGUGGAUGCUGUAGUGAAUCAUAUGUGUGGGAAUGGUGUGAGUUCUGGAACAAGUAGCACCUGUGGAAGUUACUUCAAUCCUGGCUUAAGAGACUUUCCUGAUGUUCCAUAUUCUGCCUGGGAUUUUAAUGAUGGUAAAUGUAAAAGCUACAGUGGGGAUGUUGAAAACUACAAUGAUAUUUAUCAGGUUAGAGAUUGUCGUUUGGUUGGGCUUCUCGAUCUUGCCCUGGAGAAAGAUUAUGUGCGCUCCAAGAUUGCUGAGUAUAUGAACCACCUGAUUGACAUUGGUGUGGCAGGAUUCAGAAUUGAUGCUUCCAAACAUAUGUGGCCUGGAGACAUGAAGGCAUUUCUGGAUAAGCUGAAGAACUUAAACACAAGCUGGUUCCCUGAAGGAGCCAGACCAUUCAUUUACCAGGAGGUAAUUGAUCUAGGUGGUGAGGCAAUUAAAAGCAGUGACUACUUUGGAAAUGGUCGGGUUACAGAAUUCAAAUAUGGUGCAAAACUGGGCACAGUUCUACGCAAAUGGAGUGGAGAAAAGAUGGCUUAUUUAAAAUCCUGGGGAGAAGGUUGGGCCUUCAUGCCUUCAGACAGAGCACUUGUCUUUGUGGAUAAUCAUGAUAAUCAGAGAGGUCAUGGAGCUGGAGGAUCUUCUAUUCUCACUUUCUGGGACCCCAGAUUGUACAAAAUGGGAGUUGGAUUUAUGCUUGCUCAUCCUUAUGGAUUUACACGAGUGAUGUCAAGCUUCAGGUGGCCAAGAUAUUUUGCAAAUGGAAAGGAUAUUAAUGAUUGGGUUGGACCACCCAAUGAAAAUGGAGUGAUUAAACGAGUAACUAUCAAUCCAGAUACUACUUGUGGCAAUGACUGGGUUUGUGAACACCGAUGGCGUCAAAUAAGGAACAUGGUUAUUUUCCGUAAUGUAGUUGAUGGCCAGCCUUUUACAAAUUGGUGGGACAAUGGAAAUAACCAGGUAGCUUUUGGUAGAGGGAAUAGAGGAUUCAUCGUAUUUAACAAUGAUGACUGGGAAUUGUCAGUAACUCUACAAACUGGUCUCCCUGCUGGAACCUACUGUGAUGUCAUUUCUGGAGAUAAAAUUGAUAACCAAUGUACAGGAAUUAAAAUCUAUGUUUCUGGUGAUGGUCGUGCUUACUUCAAUAUUAAGAACACUGCUGAAGAUCCAUUUAUUGCCAUCCACGUGGAUUCUAAAUUACUCAUCAACCUGGAUAAAUAGCAUUUCCAGAAGCAAUAAGCAAAAAUAAAUACUAUAUUGGUCAAUCCUCUCUUCUUAGAUAUGCAAUUAUAUCAAAAAUUAAAAAAAAAAUUCUCUACUAUAUGAUGUAAAAAUAUUAUCAAAAUAAACCUAACAUCUUGAUAUUUAAAACAUGUUUUAAUGUAAUAAUUAGAAUGUAAUGAUUAUGUCCUCUAUUAGAUUCAAUUAAAAGUGACAUGGAAAGAAUAACAAA